AUGCUCUUCACACGCCCUUAUUUGGCCGGAAUCCUGACCCUAUGCGCUCUAUCGAAAGCCCAGACUUGGUCCCAAUGGACCGCGCUCCCACUCGGCAUCUUCGGGCAGGUUCGUGGCCAGACCAGCGACUCGAGCGGAAUUGAAUACUGCCUGCUUGCCGACGGCAGGUUCAGUAUCAAUCUUAUCCCGGUGGCGGGCAGUCUCGUCUGCACGCCCGUUGACACCCCUGCUGUCGGAAUGAUCUCACGCAUCAUACCUGAUCUACUGCCAAACGACCUUGCCGUCCGCCCCUCAAGCAGCGGAUCUAAUGCGUACGAGAUUUUCCUUAGCAACCAGUUUGAUCCGUCUGUGCAGCAGUGGAGGGGCAUUCGCGCUGAUGACGGAAGCAAUACAUACCAGCAGCUUGCGGUGUUCAAUACCGAGAACCUGGACGAGGAAGCGGCGCCGGUUUAUGGACCUGUCUGGUACAUGCCUCUGGGACUAGGCGGGCGCGUCUAUGCUUAUGAUAAUGACCCUGGGGAUAUUCCGGGGAUGAGACAACUUAGUCUGACAUUUAGGGAGCUGCAACUUCCAGCAAGCGCACAGAGCCCCUCCCCCCGUUUCAUCGCUCUCCCAGCCGACCUGGACGGGCAGAUCACCGCCACCGUCAGCUCCGACUCCAGCGGAAACACCUACUGCCUUAUCGGCAACGCCUCGCUCAUCUCACCGACCGCAACCAACGGGCCCGUCUGCGAGGAGCUAUACACCGCGGACGGCGGACUUUUCGAGCUCCGCCCCAACCCUGGUGGUGAUGAAGACGAACGCGAGUUCCUCACCGUCGAGGCCUCAGCAGGCGGAUCUGCUCUGUACGAGCUUGUCUUCAACAACCGCGCAGAUGGACUGCAGUGGAGAGGCGAUGAGCAAAGCAACACGUACCGCGAGCUUGCGCUGUUCGAUGCCCGGCAGAGUGGGAACGCGCAGCCGGUUUAUGGACCUGCCUGGUCCACGAGGCUGGAUGGGAGCGACGGCGGGCGCGUCUAUGCUUUCAAUGAGGAUAUCUCGGGGGCUAGCCGAGUUACUCUGACGUUUACGGCGGAGGAAGUUGAGUAG